CUGCCAUGGGACGCGUAAUCCGUGGGCAGAGGAAGGGAGCCGGCUCCGUGUUCCGUGCGCACGUGAAGCAUCGUAAAGGAGCUGCGCGGCUGCGCGCCGUGGACUUUGCUGAGCGGCACGGCUAUAUCAAGGGUAUUGUGAAGGACAUCAUCCACGACCCCGGCCGUGGCGCGCCCCUCGCUAAGGUGGUCUUCCGGGACCCGUACCGGUUCAAGAAGCGUACAGAGCUGUUCAUCGCAGCUGAGGGCAUACAUACGGGCCAGUUCGUGUACUGCGGCAAGAAGGCCCAGCUCAACAUCGGCAAUGUUCUCCCCGUCGGGACCAUGCCUGAGGGUACCAUCGUGUGCUGCCUGGAAGAGAAGCCUGGGGACCGGGGCAAGCUGGCUCGGGCCUCCGGGAACUACGCCACAGUGAUUUCCCACAACCCCGAGACCAAGAAGACCCGUGUGAAGCUGCCCUCCGGUUCCAAGAAGGUCAUCUCCUCCGCCAACAGAGCCGUGGUUGGUGUGGUGGCUGGGGGUGGCCGCAUUGACAAGCCCAUCCUGAAGGCUGGUCGUGCCUACCACAAAUACAAAGCCAAGAGAAACUGCUGGCCUCGUGUGCGGGGUGUGGCCAUGAACCCUGUGGAGCAUCCCUUCGGAGGUGGUAAUCACCAACACAUCGGGAAACCCUCCACUAUCCGCAGGGAUGCCCCUGCUGGCCGAAAAGUUGGUCUCAUUGCUGCUCGCCGUACUGGGCGGCUCCGGGGAACCAAGACUGUACAGGAGAAGGAGAACUAGAGCUGCGAGCUCAAUAAAG